GAGCGCGCGCCGAAGCAGCCUGCAGUCAGCGUGCAACCGAGGACGCGUCACCAGCCGAGCUGCGCAUCAACUUUCCAGCUGGUCGCUUUUUAACUUGCUGGUUUUUCUUUUUUUGGAAACUCCUGAGACGCAAAUAAAAAAAUGGGUUGCUUUGAGUGCUGCAUCAAGUGUUUAGGCGGCGUGCCCUAUGCAUCCCUGGUGGCGACCAUCCUCUGCUUCUCUGGCGUGGCUCUGUUUUGUGGAUGCGGCCAUGUGGCUCUGACUGGCACUUUGACUAUCCUGGAAACCCACUUUUCCAGGGUCACAACCGAUCACGCCAUGCUCACUGAUGUAAUACAGCUGAUGCAGUAUGUCAUCUAUGGCAUCGCUUCAUUUUUCUUCCUGUAUGGAAUCAUUCUGCUUGCCGAGGGCUUCUACACAACCAGUGCUGUCAAGGAGCUCCACAGCGAGUUCAAGACCACCAUCUGUGGACGCUGCAUCAGUGGAAUGUUUGUGUUCCUCACGUACAUCCUGGGUGUGGCUUGGCUGGGCGUGUUUGGCUUCUCCGCCGUACCCGUCUUCCUCUUCUACAACAUGUGGUCCACCUGUAAUGCCAUGAAUUCUCCAACGUUCAACAUAACUAGCAUCGACUCCAUCUGCGUGGAUGUUCGUCAGUACGGAAUCAUCCCAUGGAACGCCACCCCAGGAAGGGCCUGUGGAUCUGCUCUUGGUGAAAUCUGCAAAACCAGCGAUUUUUACCUGUCCUAUCACCUGUACAUCGUGGCGUGCGCCGGGGCAGGAGCCACCGUCAUCGCUCUGAUCCACUUCCUCAUGAUUCUCUCAGCAAACUGGGCCUACCUUAAGGAUGCCAGUCAAAUGCAUGCCUACCAAGACAUCAAAUUGAAGGAAGAGCGGGAGCUGCAGGACAUCACCGCACGCUCAAAGGAAUGCCUCAAUUCCUACACAUAAGGAUUUUUCAUCCGUGCAAACACACGCUACGUGACAUACAAAACACUGCGGGCCUACUACAGCAGCCUGUUUGGACCAACACUCUGCUCAAAUAACCGGCUGGCUGUGUACACUGUGCAGUACUAACCCAGCUUCUAACCUCCUAAUGCAUCCGAGCUGCUUCCUGCACUAACUCAAAAAGACUUGCUACAUACAGAUUGCAGACUUUUUUUUUUUUUUUCCCCCCGAUUUUGCAGGAAGAAACAAUGCCGAUGAUCCUUUUGUGGUAGUCAUUUUUCCUGCUGAACCUUGAUGGGUUAGACUAUUUUUAUGCAGUGGAUAACAACAGGUUUAUUUUGUCUGUCUUAUGACCCUCCAGCUUUUCCAAAGUAAGAGGUUUGGUUCUUGUUCUUUCCCUCGUUCACAGGCCUUAAACCAAAUUCCAGUGUCAAAAUGUAUUAAUGGAACAAAUAUUUAAAAAGUAGACAAAAAAAACCCUGCUCUAAUAAUAUACUAAGAAUUUGACUGCAUGGCUGUUUCAGCAAAUGUUCUAAUGUUAAGGAUGGGUCUGUAAUCCAAUUCUGUUUCACAGAUACUCAGAAUAUUAGCCAAUUUUUUCCAUUAAAAAGGGUUUAUUUGAAAAAGAUGUCUCAAAUUUGGGACAAAGGAGGAAAAAAAAAAACUCCACAUGCAAAAAUAUUGCAAUUUACAUGUGAAUGCUACUGCAUUUAUUGGCAACAUAAAAAACACAAUGUUAAAAAAGGAAUCAAAAGUUUAGAUGUAAAUAGAAAAGACUGCUGAGUUCAUAACACUGAUAGUGGUUGUAAAUUGUCAUUUCUGUACAAUGUUAUUCAAACCAUUCUGAUUUCUAAGAAAUAAAAAGCCAUCCCCUAUAUAUGGAACAGCAGGUUCAACAAUGAUUAAUUUGUUUUUUAAUGACUACAUUUCUAUUUCUUUUGAUUUUCUAUAAUUGCAUUUUUUAUGUGCAAUUGUAACAUGUAAGAAUUACUUAUGUAAUCUUUUUCUUAGUUACAGCGAUAACUUGAUGUUUUGUUGUUGCAUGAAGACGACUGUUUCUGCAGAAACGUGAUGUACAGUGAGAUAUUCUGACAUCAGUAGUAGGCAGCUUUUGCCCUAUAUUCUUACCAAUUAACUCCUUUUAUAGCAAUAUCAUCAGUGUAGAUUCGUAGUAAAGUCUUAGUUCAUUUGACUUCUUUUUGUAAUAUUUUGAAUUAUAGUAUACACAUUCUGUAUGAAUGUUGAGCGCCUCUACAUUUUAAUUGUAAUGUACCAUUAAAAAGAAAAUUACACCACCAGUCAUUGAAAAAUGUGUGUAAAGUAAAAACAGAAAAUGUAGCCAAUGUAUGCUUAUGAUACAGAAUGUGUUAUUGGGUGUAUGGGAGGGAAAUAAGACUUGUGUAAAGAUAAUGGGAAUUCAGUGUUAUCUUUUUGUUCCUUGUGUUUGAACCAAAAAAAAAGUAGUUUCUAAAUCACCGGGAGGACAUCAAUCAAUCACCGAGCACCGUCUGACUGGAAACCCCCUUUGUGACAUGACUCAAAUGGCCUGAUGACUGUUUUUAUGGAAAGAAAUAAAACAAAUGGUUGUACUUUU